CUUGGCUCACGGGUCAUGUAGAAUACUAGAAUAGAUCUUCAUUCUUCAAUCUCCUCUCAAGCCCUAACCCUAACACAAAACCGAAUUCCAUGUAAAAAGAGGGAGAAAUUAAAGAAUAUUUUGCGAGGAAAUUAUUUUAUUUUAUUUUUUGAAAAAAAAGUGGAGAGCGAUAUGGAAUUUGACGAACAAGAAGAGCAAGAGGAGGAAAUGGGGAUGCGGGAGCCGCCGCAACCGCCGCCGCCGAGUUACGACUCGCUAGGGAACUCGGCAACCAGGUCCAAAAUCGGCGGCGGUGAGGGAAGGAAGGGCGGGUUCGGCGCUGCUGUGAGGUACAGAGAAUGCCAAAAGAACCACGCCGUGAGCUUCGGCGGCCACGCGGUCGACGGUUGCUGUGAGUUCAUGGCUGCUGGGGAAGACGGCACGCUGGAGGCCGUGAUCUGCGCUGCCUGUAACUGUCACCGGAAUUUCCACCGCAAGGAGAUCGACGGCGAGAUGACGACGUUCCACCACCGCCCGCAGCCGCCGCCGCUACAUCACCACCAAUUGUCCCCUUACUACCACCGGGUACCGCAGCAUCCCGCUGCCGGUUACAUCCACCACCACCUAGCAACUCCGAUGGCGCAUCACCGACCUCUGGCCCUCCCGGCGGCGGCUUCCGGGGGUGGACUUAGCAGAGAAGAGGAGGACAUGUCGAAUCCGAGCAGCAGCGGUGGCGGUGGCUGCGGAGGAGGAUCGAAGAAGCGGUUUAGGACGAAGUUCACGCCGGAACAGAAGGAUAAGAUGCUUGCAUUUGCGGAGCAACUUGGAUGGAGAAUCCAGAAACAUGAUGAACCUGCUGUGGAACAGUUCUGUGCUGAGACCAAUGUGAAGCGAAACGUUCUCAAGGUUUGGAUGCACAAUAACAAGAACACUCUCGGUAAGAAACCCUAAUUUCGGAUGUUAAUUCUUUCUCUCUUUCCAUGUGUUGUGUGUGAAGAAAGUAGACACGAAAAAAAAUUUAUGUAAUUUGAAAUUUAAUUAAUGGAGAUCAAGCUAGGGUUCUUACUCGUUCUUCAUUUGGUUAAGUUAAUUUCAGUUUAUUUUAUGGGAUUUUAGUGUUGGCAAGUCGUGUGCAAGU